AUGGUUCUCUUUAAGAGGAAGCCAGUACAAUAUGCACCAAAACCGGAAAUUGAGAAUGAAGACACAGAGGUCUGGGUGAUUCCUGCUACUGGAGAGUAUUUCUUAGACUACGAAGAUUACUUAAAUCGAAUGGAUUUCUACAAACAGCGUCGAUUUAUUUGCCAAAUCUCAGGCCAUUCUGGUCUAUCAUUCUUUGAGGCACUUAAGAGUGAGUUGGCAGGUGCGCAAGAGGUCGAAGAGGCAUUUCCAAACGCAUUGAAGCAGCCAAUCCUAAGACGUGUACAAUUCCAAACCAUUUCUCGAAUCGAUACCUUGGUGGACACGAUUUUCGAAGAGUUUAGGUCCGAUUAUUAUCCUGGAGAGGUCGUCACAGUUCAUGUGGUUACAGGCGAUCGACUUACUGGUACCGUGAGAGAAAAAACACAUUUUGGAAGCAAAGUUCUGCCGGAUGGCACACUGAGCGCACCUUUCUCAAGAUAUUUUGUUAGCCUAGACGGUCGACCAAACGAAGAGGCAGUAGUGGACGACGCUCAUAUUACGCGUGACCGCAAGAUUUUCACAAAACAAGUUCUGCGGUCUUUCAUUAAGAAAACUGUUACGAGGGAGGCAUGGACCGGUGCGCCUUGGUUGGUGAAGCACGAUGUGGCCGCCAUUUAUAAUAUCGACAUUAGAGUUCCUCCGCAUCUUCGAUAUGAGAGUAAAGCAGCGGAAAGAAAACAAAACCAAUCUCAAAAAAAGAUCGGAGCGACUGAUUUUGAUGGUAUGGUUGGUAGCUUUCACGGAGGAAAUGGACCACAAGCUAGACUCCCGGAGUUGAAGCCAGCACCCAAGAGCCACAAGAGCAAGCAGCAACAGUCCCAACUGGCAAAGACCAAUGGGCCACCACAACAAGUGGGACCUCACUUCCAAAACUUCCACAACUCUACCUUCGCGUUUGCGCCUCUUGCAUCCCUUCCUCCGGCUCCUCCACCACCACCGCCUAUCAAAUACCCAAUUGAGGAUUUGGAAGUGGCCCCUAGAGUUGAUGGACCGAAACGACCCGACCUUAAAUACUUUUCGCAAGAUAAUCCUAUGAUCUGUGGAAGACCAAGCGCCGAGGGUAAUGGCAUUCAUAUGUCAUCCAUUGGCCAAUUACUAGAAACAUGGGACACUUUAAAUGUCUAUUGUCAAAUCUUCAAAUUGGACUCAUUUACUUUUGAUGAUUUCGUUGAAGCAUUACAAUUUACGUCAGAAGAUGUAGACUGCGAGUUAUUCGUAGAAAUUCAUUGCGCGGUUUUGAAGAUUUUGGUAAAUUCCGAUGCCGAUGAUGGAAAACUACAGGUUCAACUACCUGAAUUGGAAGAUUCAGACGAUGAGGAUGAAGAUUCUAUAGAGGCUAGCGCUGUGCCAACACCUACACCAGAACCAGAGCCAAAACCCAAGGGACGCGCCACUAGAAGUAGUCUGGCAAAAGCUGAGGCGGAAGCUUUACAGAAGGCAGCCGAGCAACCCCCGGAAGAACCAGCUGGACCAGUAAAUACUCACCGCGCAGCCGAGAUGGAAGAUAGCAUUGAAUGGAUCGAGAAGUUAAGAAAGCGUGACUUCAAAAAUGGUGGUUGGGAAGCUAUCAUGGUUGGCCUGUUACAUCAACUUUCGAAAGAUGAGAGGUAUUUUGCUGAUUGCGAGGCACUUCUUGUUCAACUCGCCCCUCUCAACAUGGAACCGACACAAGAGACUGCUCGUCUUCAAUAUGCCAAACUUGACGUCAACCUUCGUAUCAAGGCUCUUCAAAUCAUCUGCAUGCUUACUGCCGAAACCAGGGCAAUUCGUGGGUACAUGGAAGAAAGUAGUGAACAUAUGACGAUGCUUCGAAAGGAAAAGAUUCAGUUCCAGCGCACUAGGAAGGAUGCACAUGAUGCUCUUAAGAAACUCAACGAAACGCGAAAAGCACUUGAACCACCCCCUGAACCAAGUCCUGCGCCAGUUGUAGAGAAGGCUGCGGAGAAAGAAGCUUCAGCUAGUGUCAAUGGAGAUGUGACUAUGCACGAUGUCGAGGAAGAAGUUCAAGAUUCUCAUGGUGAUGAAAUUAUGGACUCAGAUGAAGAAGCUCCUCCAACCCGAUCAUUACGUCGUGGACUUGAUCGAGCAGCCGAACGAAAGCGCAAGCGUGAAGCUGAACAGGAGAAGAAAGCAAAAGCAGAGGCAGAACCUAAAGCGCCGAAACAAUCUAAGGCACUCACAAAGGUUCUUAAAGACAUACAAAAAUUACAGGAUAAGAUUAAGGAGUGCGAGGAAGAAAUUGCCAUACUCGACAAUGAUCUUCGAGAGGCCGAUUGUCCUCGUACUCGUGUACUUGGUAAGGAUCGAUUUUGGAAUCGCUAUUAUUGGUUUGAACGCAAUGGUAUGCCAUACAGUGGUCUUCCUACAAGCUCUACUGCUGAUGCUGGAUAUGCCAACGGAUGUAUCUGGGUCCAAGGACCAGAUGAUCUUGAGCGUGAAGGAUUUAUCGAAAUGCGACCCGAAUGGCAAGAUGAAUAUCGAUAUAAAUUCAAUAUGACGGUACCGGAACGGAAGGUUAUGGAAGAAGGAAAUACUCAUGUAUUCAAUGCUCAUCAAUGGGGAUACUAUGAAGAUCCUGAUUCAGUUGAUGGUUUACUUAAUUGGCUCGAUGCUCGUGGCAAUAACGAGUUGAAACUUCGAAAGGAACUUCAACUUUACAAGGACAAGAUUGUUACUCAUAUGGAAAAGCGGAAGGAAUACCUUAACCCUAGCGAUGAAAAGAGUGUUGAUUCAAGUCAUAAACGAAUGUCGACUCGUGGAAAACAACAACCUCAUGUUGAUCAUACAGCUCAUCGAUGUUUAUCUUGGCGUAAUAAUACAGCGAUUAGUGAAUUGGGACAUCUACAUUCAGAUCAACCACGAAAUCGUAAACCAGCUAAGAAAGCGGCUCCAAUUUUACCACCAGCGAUUGAGGAAGAGAGACAAACUAGAAGUGAGGCGGCGAAGAAACAGAGGAAACGUUAA